CACUAAGCCUGCGCACCCCGUAGGUCCUCGGAAAGAACGAAGGCGUGGAAGGUGUGCUUCAGCUGGCUUUGGAGCUGUGGCCGCGGUGUGUAGCGACAUGGACAAUGCAGGGAAGGAGCGUGAGGCAGUCCAGCUGAUGGCGGAGGCGGAGAAACGAGUUAAGGCCUCCCACUCUUUCCUCCGAGGGCUGUUUGGAGGAAAUGCAAGAAUAGAAGAGGCUUGUGAAAUGUAUACCAGAGCUGCAAAUAUGUUCAAGAUGGCUAAAAAUUGGAGUGCUGCAGGAAAUGCAUUUUGUCAGGCAGCCAAGCUCCAUAUGCAGCUUCAGGGCAAACAUGAUUCUGCUACCAGCUUUGUGGAUGCUGGGAAUGCUUACAAAAAGGCAGACCCUCAAGAGGCUAUCAACUGCUUAAAUGCAGCCAUCGACAUUUACACAGACAUGGGAAGGUUUACAAUUGCAGCUAAACACCACAUUACCAUUGCUGAGAUUUAUGAGACUGAACUUGUAGACAUUGAGAAGGCUAUCACACAUUAUGAACAAUCAGCUGAUUAUUACAAAGGAGAAGAAUCCAAUAGUUCAGCUAACAAGUGUCUGCUGAAGGUGGCAGCAUAUGCUGCCCAGCUUGAGCAAUACCAGAAAGCCAUUGAAAUCUAUGAGCAGGUUGGAGCCAACACCAUGGAUAAUCCUCUGUUGAAGUACAGUGCAAAGGAUUACUUCUUUAAAGCAGCCCUCUGUCACUUCAUAGUCGAUGAGUUGAAUGCCAAGCUUGCUCUUGAGAAAUAUGAGGAAAUGUUUCCAGCAUUUACUGAUUCAAGAGAAUGUAAAUUAUUGAAAAAACUUCUAGAAGCUCAUGAAGAACAGAACAGUGAAGCUUACACUGAAGCAGUGAAGGAAUUUGACUCAAUAUCUCGCUUGGAUCAGUGGCUUACUACCAUGUUGCUUCGUAUCAAAAAGUCCAUCCAAGGGGAUGGAGACGGAGACGGAGACCUAAAGUGAAACAAUUAUAAGUCUUUGUGGCAUGCAGUUAACCUCUCUUUAGUUUCCUCUUAGGGCCAAGUGAUCUUUAUGGGAUGCUCAUUUAAUGGCUUAAUUUUGUUGCACAUGAGCUUAAUGAUGUGUGUGUUGUUUUCAAGUUUGCUGUGUUUGUGUUAAUGUUAAAUGAAUGGGUAAAAGCUCCUGUGCAUACUAUGGGUAUAAUGGGUUAUUUCAUGCUUGCCAAAGUCCUUAGAGUUUUCUGAGAACUACUUCAGAAUUUUCUUCUUAAUAUUUGAUGUUUGCAGAACCCGUGUUUAAUUUUGCCACAUAUUUUUCUGUUCUUUUUCUUUAAUUUGAGUGUCCAACCCAAUUGUUCUAAUUAAUGCUUUGCAUAUUCUCUGUAAAUUAGCAUCUGGAUAUAUUCUCUAAAUGUACAUGUUUAGUUUAGGCUGGUUGUUAGAAAUAAGUUUAUGACUUUAUUAGAAAUUUUUUGUUGUUACCUUGUGAUUCUUUUGAUGUUGCUAAUGACUAGUUUCUUUGCUUUCGAUAUUGUUCCCUAUGCCAACAUGCAUGUAAAAAUUCAGAACAGCCUGCAUCACACUGAGAAAAGGGGACUUCCUGAUGCCAUUUGCUUGUGUGUGAAUGAAUGUCAAGGUGUGUUCAACUGCUUUGUAUUUAUAUACAAAGGCACACACACACGAAUAUAUAAGAUCUGUGAGAAACAGAACUUCCUAGACAGUUUCUACUUGUAGUUGGGGUAAAAAUCCCUGUUUAUAUUUACAUCAAGGUGUUUUAACUGGCACAUGUCUGUUCUUUCAUGUUCAUAUUCUUUCCCAUUGAGAUGGCAUCCUUCCUAUAUCCACAGUCAUGUACAUCCUCAUUGAGACAGUGUUUCAGUAAUUUUAGUCAUUUAUUGAACGUGAUGGAUUAGGUAGGGUAAACAUGGAACAGAAGCUUAUUAUAUGCCUCCAACUAGCUUCUGAGGGGGCUUGACUUUCCUCUUGGCUGAUGGAAUUGUUUUAGCUUUUGUAUUUGAACUUGAACUCUGUCCUUUUGUUUUACAUUACUAACAUGUGCUGUAUUGAUUUGUGAACUUGAUCCCAUUUUGUUACAUGCUGACAUAUUUUAGACAUAGCCUUGUUUCUUGAACCUCCUCUAUGCAUAUUUUUAGGCUUAAAUUAUUUGUUUCACAUGCAUUUGUUGCCAGAGAUAACCUAUGUCUCUUUCUAAGUUGUGCUGCUUUCACUAAUGACAGGUGGUGAAAUUCCCCAUCUUAUGUUAGAUAGUAACUGGUAUUUAAAUGUUUUCAUUUUGGGUUUUAAAAUUUUUAUUUAUUUAUUUGUUUGUUUAUUUUUAGAAAGGGGAAGAGAGGAUGAGAAACAUUGAUGUAAGAGAGAAACAUAAAUAGGUUGCCUCUCAUAUGCGCCCCAUCCAGGGACUGAACCUGCUACCCAGACAUGUGCCCUAACUGGGGACCUUUCACUUUGAGGGAUGAUGCCCAACCAACUGAACCAUACCAGUCAGGGUUGAUGUUUUCAUUUUUGGAUAGUCCUCAACUGGGAUUAAGGGCCAGAAGUAGAAUGGGUGUGCCCAGACCAAGGGCACAGUGAGAAGGAAGGUUUGGGAAUGGUGAAUAAAUUAGUCUGGGAUAAAGGAGAAAGUAGCAGUAAAGAAAGUUGAGCCCUGGCUGGUGUGGCUCAGUGGAUUGAGUGCCAGCCAGCCUGUGAACCAAAAGGUCACUGUUCGAUUCCCAGUUAGGGUACAUGUCUGGGUUGUAGGACAGGUCUCUGGUUGGGGGUGUGCGAGAGGCAACUGAUCAGUGUUAUCUACUUGCACAUUGAUGUUUCUCUCCCUCUUUUUCCCUCCUUCCCUUUUCUCUGAAAAUAAAUGAAGUCUUUUAAAAAGAAUUUAAAAAAAUAAAAGGAAGGUUGAAAGGGCCAGCUGAGGCCAUAUUGUGGAGGCUUUCUCAGGUGACUAUGAGAAUUCCUUGGCUGUAGUAGUAGUGAUGUACGCAAGGUGGACUGAUGGAGAGGAAGGUUAGUGGUUUCAUAGUAUCAGCUGAGAGCAGAGGGACUGGAACAGAAGACAUAGACACUCUGGUGUUGGGCCCUGGAAUCUGAUGAGUAUUUCUUUUUUCCUUCAUAAGUCAGGGAUUCUUAAAGCUGGUUAUCACUGAUAGUACAAUUUGGAAUGAAAUUCAUUUGGUACUUUCUUAUUUCUUGUUGGAAUCUCUUAUGAAAAUAUUAUAGAGAGAAAAAGUGGAUUUUUGUUGCUUUACCUAAUCUGUCCUACAAACCAUCCAAAUAUACUUUGUAAAAAGUUUUUCCAAAAGGCACUUCUGUAAAAGUGAGCCAUGGGAAGUGCUUUUGUAGCCCAUGUCCUCUGGCCAUAAGUCUCUGCCACCUGAAGAGCAUUUAAAUCCUACUCAGCCAGCAUCUUUUAUCACUAGCCUAAAAGGUGUGUUUCCAUUUGUUAAAAGAACCUUCUGGUCUGACCACUUAAAUUAAAACUCAAAUGCUUUCUUUUGUGGCAAAUCCAUUUAGCUUUUAUUAUUAUCCCCUAAUAAACCAGUGUGAAAG